AUGUUGUGCCAUCAAUGCAGGCGCGCAACCACCAGAGCUGUACGGCAACUCGGUUCUGCAUCGAGAGCGCAGAGCACAUGGGCACAAGCACCUGUUCGUGCCACCCUCAGGGCGUCGCGCAAGGCAGCAACACCCCUUGCUUCAGUACUACAAGCCAGGCGACAGGCUGUCGGUGCCUGGUCACUAAAGCAAUACUCGACCUCUUCUUCCGAGACAUCAUCACCCACAGCUUCGUCGUCACCGAGUCCCAGCACCACCCCCGAGAAACCCGAUUACCUCGAUGCCGCCGAGUCAGAGAUAUGGGACAAGCUAACGGCAGAGUUUGCGCCCACGGAACUCAUGGUACAAGACGUGUCUGGGGGUUGCGGCUCCAUGUACGGCAUUGAAAUCGCCUCGGAAAAGUUUCGCGGCACCAACAUGCUAAAGCAGCAACGCAUGGUCAAUGCCGUCCUGGGAGAACAGAUGAAGGGCUGGCAUGGCGUACAGCUGAGAACAAAAGUCCCGUCCUGA